CCAUUGACCUUUAUUCUACAACUGGGAUUGUUGAAACGGUAUCACCCGUGGAUUUCUGAGCCUGUCUUGAUUAGUAUAUUGUUGCAACAUCAUCCGUUUUAGCUAUUCCACAUUUUCGCAUCCCGAGCUAAUUGUCGGGAUCACCAAUGGAGCAAAGAGAACUAGGUGGUCCUUCCCGACCCAAGGGAGGUGAGGCAGAAUUUAGGCCGGGUGGCAGUACUCCAAACCCAAACAAUAUAUCCGAUGGAAACAGCGGACCUCUCCCUGCCCAAGGGAAGGGAGUACCAGCUGGGGAGGAGAGGGUUGAUCCCGAAGAGGAAGAUGAUUUAGGACUGGGGAGGGAUGUGGACUCCAAUUCAAACCCAGACAGUGAAAAGUGGACACCUGGGGAUGGUCUGGAGGAGAAGGAGUUCUCAAUCAAAGAAGCCAGCUUUUCUGAAGGGAGUCUCAAGCUCAAGAUCCAGACAACAAAGCGGGCCAAAAAGCCCCCUAAAAGCCUGGAAAAUUACAUCUGCCCUCCAGAGAUUCGGAUCACCAUCAAGCAGACUGGAGAGCAAAAGGGAGCAAAGAGUGGAAAGAUAAUCAAAGGGACAGAAGAUGAAAAAGGGCUCCCUAAAAAGAAGCUGCCGUGCCUGCCACAAGCCAGAACAAACUUGCCAACACAAGGAGCAAAAAGCAACAACGGGACAAGCCGAAAGAAAACUCCAUCCUUAAACGACGUGACAGACUUUGGCCAGCAAGUGGGCUUGAGUAAAAUAAUGAUGCACCAUUUUUACCACUUCCAGUGA